AGCGUCCCUUGAGCCAGGACCACACAGCUGUGCCCAGCCCUGUGCGGCUUCUCCCAGCCCUGGGGGACCCCUGGGGCCCUGCCCUUAUUCCUCAAGACCAGGACAGCUGCUGCCUCUGAUCACAAUGAACAUCAUUCUCUCCAGGGACAGUCAGGUGCGGGUGAUGGAGGACAUGGUGACCAAUGCUGAGAAGUCCUUCGGCCAGUUCUGCUCACUGCUGGCCGCCUACACCCGCAAGACAGCCCGGCUGCGUGACAAGGCCGACCAGCUGGUCAAACAGCUCAUCAACUUCGCCAAUACGGAGAACCCAGAGAUGCGGGCCACUCUGAGGAACUUCGCUGAGGACUUGGCCAAAGUGCAAGAUUACAGGCAAGCUGAGGUAGAGAGGCUGGAGACCAAGGUCGUCAACCCCCUGAAGUUCUAUGGGGUGCAAAUAAAGCAGACCCGGGCUGAGAUCAAGAAAUUCAAAAGUGUCCGGAACAAUGAGAUCAAACAACUGGAAAAACUGGAGAAACUGAGGCAGAAAUCCCCCUCGGAUAGACAGACCAUCUCUCAGGCAGAGACCAGUGUGCAGAGGGCCUCAGUGGAUGCCAGCCGCACCUCCCACCAGCUGGAGGAGACAGUGGACACCUUCCAGAAGCAGAAGCUGAAGGACAUUCAGAAAAUUUUUUCGGACUUUGUGACCAUUGAGAUGGUCUUCCAUGCCAAAGCAGUGGAGGUGUAUUCCAGUGCCUUCCAGACUCUGGAGAGCUAUGACCUGGAGAAAGAUCUGGAGGAUUUUAGAGCCAAGAUGCACGGAGUUUAUGGGCGUCACGAUGCUCGGCCACCACUCACGGACACCACCCUGUCCCCAGCUCUCCCAUGGUCUCUUGCCCGGAGUGCUCAGAGCACCAUACAGAGCCAGAGAAAGGAAGCAGUGAAUGAGGAUGACUCUGCCGAGGAGGACCCCGUGGAGGACCUCAGGGGACGGGCACAGGGGCCCCAUCAGUAGGACGAGAACCCCCAGUCGGGAGGUGGGGCUCACACUGGACCCUCACAGGCUCUGUUGUGUGCAAGUCAUGUGUUUUCUGAGUCCCGGUUUCCUCAUCUGUACAACAGGGAACGUAUUCCUUGGCUCACAGGCUGCCCUGGGGACCAAGGUGCCCAGCAGGUGCUCAGUAAACAUGGGUACCUCUCA